AGCUGCGCAGCCGUCCGGGUUCGGGCGGGACCGCGCGGCAUUUCGCCCCCUCAUUCUCCCCGGGCGAUCCGCGGGACGAGGCGUCCAUCCGCCGUCCUGCCGGCUGGGAUAUGGCGGUCGAGGAGAGAGACAUCCAGGUGGAGAAAGACGAUCAGGUGAGGAUCAACAAGUUCAGCCGCUUGCACAUGCGCUUCGACGAUAUCGAUGAGGAGAUCAUAGCGUUGAAGAAGAAGGUCCAGACCUAUAAGGAUGCUACCGAGGAGAUCGAGGGUUGCAUGGAACUCGAUGGGGGCAUAUUGAUGCGCAUUGGAGAGGCCUUCACUGGCGUCGAGGAGGACACCGCUGUGGAGAACCUCAGCAAGCUGACGGAGUCGGCCGAGGCGCGGCUCAGCCAGCUCACAGACGAGAUCGAGCAGGUCAAGACUGACAUGGAUGCUCUCAAGAAGGUGGCCCCGACCAUCUCACCUCCUCGGCCGUGAGGGCGGGCGCAGGAUGGAGUGACCGUUUCGCCUCCGAGCGGGAACGGGGAUGCGCCCGUGGUUGGGCACCGGCCGCCCUCCUCACUCCUAUGCCCUGAGCUCCGUGCUGACAAGACGCUGAAAGGAGGAGCUCCAGUGCUCGGGCCGCGCCCCAGAUCCGGGUCCGAAAAGGGCGCUGGCCGAUUCUUCUGAGCGCGCCGAAGCGAGCAUAUGCACAGGCAUAGGUUCUGUGAGGCAGCGCGCAGGCCUCGGGGCACCCUCUGGCGCUGGGCGCGGGGGGGCGCUUCGGUAAAGGGUCGUGCAGCGUCUCCUGUUAGGGGGUGCAGCCAGUGCAAGCCGUCACAGACGCGCUCGGCACCGAGGUGCUUUACUCCAAGUUCGGCACCAGCAUCAACCUGGAGAAGUGACGCGUUGCCGCCGCAUUCGUCUUGGCCCUACGCCUUCCUUCGCGCUGCCGUGUUGCCACUGACGCGACUUCGAAAACGCGCCCAGGACAAGAAGUAGAC